UCCUUUCCGCCCGUGUGCCCGUGGGUUUGCCUGUGUGUGUCUACGCCGAGGGGUUUCAUCAGGAAGGAGAAAUGCCGUCAAAAAUCAUCUUUGACACUGAAGACCAAGCCAUGGAUGAAGAUGUAAACACUGUCGCCGAGGCUAAAACCCUGAAGAAGAACAAGACCAAGGAGGGCAAGAAGUUGAAGAAGAAGAAGGAGUUGGAGGACCAGGAAGAACAGGAGGACCCAGGCUGUGAACCUCCAGCACCUAAGAAGAAAAAGAAAAAAGACAAGCUGAGCGCGGAUCAAGUGAACGGCCACUUAGAUGAGGCCACAGACAUGAAUGGCAACAGUGAUGGUGUUGAAACACCAAAGCAGAAGACUAAGAAGAACACUGAAGGAGACACAGAGAAAAAAAAAAAGAAGCAAAAGAAAUCAAUUGCAGAGGCAGCAACCAACGGACAUUCCACCUCAAACACCCCUGUUCAGACGCCCAUCCAGACACCUUCACAGUCAAGUGAAGAGUCAGCCAGUGACAGUGAAAAAGAAACGGAAGAGACACCAGAGCAGAGGGAAGGGGCCUUCUCCAACUUCAGGAUCUCUGAGGGCACCAUCGGUAAACUGAAAGCUCGGGGAGUCUCUUACCUGUUUGACAUUCAGGUGAAGACAUUUAAUAUUGUAUACGAUGGAGAAGAUGUAAUUGCCCAAGCCCGAACAGGAACAGGAAAAACUUUCUCCUUUGCCAUCCCUUUGGUUGAGAAGCUUCAGGAUGCAUUGACUCCGACCAGAGGCCGGGCUCCCAAGGUUCUGGUGUUGGCACCAACCAGAGAGUUAGCUAUCCAGGUCGCUAAGGACUUCAAAGACAUUUCCAAGAGACUGGCUAUCGCCUGUUUCUAUGGAGGUAGCUCAUACCACCCACAGAUUGAUGCUAUCCGUAAUGGUAUUGAUAUUUUGAUUGGAACCCCUGGUCGUGUCAAAGACCACCUCCAGAACAAUAAACUCGACCUCUCAAAAGUGAAACAUGUUGUCCUGGACGAAGUGGACCAAAUGCUGGACAUGGGAUUUGCAGAGCAGGUUGAAGAAAUUUUGGCUUCAUCAUAUAAUAGAGAGUGUGACGCCAACCCUCAGACUAUGCUGUUUUCGGCUACUUGCCCCUCUUGGGUCUACGAUGUGGCCAAGAAAUACAUGAGACCAGAAUGCAAACAUGUUGACCUGAUUGGCAAGAAAACACAGAAAGCUGCAACAACUGUUGAACAUCUGGCCAUAGCAUGCCACUGGUCACAGCGUGCAGCCGUGAUAGGUGAUGUGAUCCAAGUUUACAGCGGCAGCCAUGGCAGAACCAUUGUGUUCUGUGAGACAAAGAAAGAUGCCAACGAACUUUCCAUGAAUGCAUCCAUCAAACAGAGUGCCCAGUCCCUCCAUGGGGAUAUUCCUCAGAAACAGAGAGAGUUGACACUGAAGGGCUUCAGGAAUGGUUCCUUUGAGGUUCUUGUUGCCACCAACGUUGCAGCCCGUGGAUUAGAUAUCCCUGAAGUCGAUCUGGUGAUCCAGUGUUCUCCACCCAAGGAUGUGGAAUCAUACAUCCAUCGCUCAGGACGUACAGGCCGAGCAGGCAGGACUGGAGUCUGCAUCUGUUUCUACCAGAGGAAAGAAGAGGACCAGCUGCGCUACGUAGAAAACAAAGCAGGUAUCACAUUCAGACGAGUUGGCGUUCCCACCGCCAAUGAUAUCAUCAAGUCAUCAAGCAAGGAUGCUGUCAGGUUUCUGGACUCUGUUCCGGUCACAGCUAUCGGUUACUUCAGAGCAUCAGCUGAGAAGCUAAUUGAGGAGAGAGGAGCUGUUGAUGCACUAGCUGCUGCACUGGCCCAUAUUUCUGGAGCCACAAGUCUAGAGCAAAGGUCACUGCUCAACUCUGAUGCUGGUUGCACCACGAUGCAGUUGGUGUGUUCUCAGGAGAUGCACAAUCUGGGUUACGCCUGGAGAACCAUCAAAGAGCAGCUUGGAGAACAGAUUGAGAACCACAUUCAAAGAAUGACCUUCCUUAAAGGCAAAACAGGAGUAUGUUUUGAUGUCCCAGUUGACAAAGUCAAGGAGAUGCAGGAGAACUGGAAGGAUGGUCGCCGUUGGCAACUGACUGUAGCCACAGAACUUCCAGAGUUGGAGGAGAAGCAGUUCAGUAACCGUGGUGACAGAGGGUUUGGCGGCGGUAACCGCAGUGACAGAGGAGGAGGGUUCAGAGGUGGAAGGGGACGGAAUUUCGGGGGAAAUGGUGGCCGUGGUAAUGGGUUCCGGAAUGGCGGCGGUGGCUAUAGCAACAGAGGAGGACACAAACGCAGCUUCAGCCAAGCUUUUGAUUACUGAAGAACCAACCUGUGACUGAUAAGACUGACUGUCACUCAUCUGGGCUGGCAGUGGUUUUUAUUGGCUGUCAGUGAGAGGGCUCGAUGUAUGGCUGGUGGGAAGUCUCCAUCAUGAUGCAAGCUGAAUUGUAAACUAUCAAGUAUUCAUAAAUUGAAUCCACAGUACAUUAAAUUAUAGCUUCCAAAUAUAAAGUAAACAUAUUAUCUGAAGAAUAAAAUGUAUUUCCAUGAAGCCACAUCCAAAGGGUUUAAGAUCGUUUUUUCUGUGUACAGUGUAAUAACACAGUACCACUGGCAGCCAGUGUUUCUUUUAGGUGACACAUUCGAUGAAACUCAUGAAAUGACAUGUUCCUAACAGUUUUGACUACAUAAAUUGGUAAUUAAUUGACUUCUUAUGUCUUAAAUGGCAGAGAAUCAAAAACACUGGCUUAUCAACCCAUUUUAUAUUAUGUGAUGACAUGAAUUGAAAGUUUGAAUGUGUCAUUCAGUGAGUUUCAGGUAAAGUGUUUAUCUUUUUUUUACUGGAUGUUUGGGGAGCAGUGGCAGCAAUCAGGCUUGAGCCUUUGUCCAAAAUAGAAUGCACACCAUCCUGACAUAACAAUUUGACUACAUUGGAUAACUCGGUGUGCAGUACCAUGAAGGUGCACUGUACUGCAGACACUGUCAUGUGCGAGGCGCUGCAUUUCUCCUGUACGCCCAUAGAAAAAAGUGAUUAAAUGGGGUUUAAUCUCUACACUUGUGCUCAAUGUCAGGUUGCUGCCUUACCUACAGCUGAAACCUCUCCCCGAAAAUAUGUUGGAUAAUUGCUUUGCAAUUGCCUCUAUUUAAUAAUUGUUUCUAUUGCUUCCAUUCAUUUGAAUGACAUGACUUAUUCAUUAAAAAAGCUCAACUGAA